AUGGUGGCCGAACGACAUCCGUGCGAGCCGACAGAUGUCGCGAUCCUUCGAAAGCCCUUGAAAUUCCUCUCGGGACCCACGGCAAGGAAUCGGAUUGUGAAGGCAGGUCUCAGCGAGAUGAUAGCCCCGAUCUGCCCGGAGAAUAUGAAGGAGCAUGGCCUUCCCACCGAGACAAUCAUCAAUAUGUAUCAGAAAUGGGGGGAAUGGCGGAUUCGGGCUGUUGAUCACGGGAAAUAUCGCUGUCGAUCCGCUCCACCCGGAGGCGCCUGGCAAUAUUGUGGUGUCGAGGGAGAA